AUGAAAAAUAUUGAAAACCCGAAUAAUGAAAGAGUGAGCAUUGGACAACUUGACAGUAAUGCACAGAAUAACGGAAGUAGAAGUGCUGCAGGCCAUAGACAAUCUGAAAUGCACGACAGAGCAGAAGAGAGUGAAUUCACCAAAUUCAGAAGAGCCCUACAGUCAUGCCCGAGCAUGGUGGAUUAUCUAAGAAAUAUAUUCUAUCGGCAUCCAACAGCCUUCAAAAUAACCCUGCUCAGCACCGCAUCUGCCCUCUUCAUAUUUUUCUUAUGCCUGCAAUUCUACUACAAAGUUAUGGUGGGUGUAUUAGCAUUGGUACUAGUUGGUGCGAGCAAUAUGGCAGCAGAUGAAGCUACCAUUGUUAACUCUGCUGUUCUAUCCAGCUUAGUGCUGCUGGUCUUCUUCCUAAUGGCUUGCUGGCCGGUCACUCAGCUACCCAGCAUAAUCAUCUAUGCUUUUGUAGCUGUUAGAUGGGCGAUAUCUUCUUUCCGUAAAAGGAAAUAUAUAGAUGCUUCAAUAUGCAUCAUUGGCUCUUUUGCCACUCUCCUGUUCUACGUUCUUAGCCGGGUAGGUAUAGUAGACCCUUCCAUAGUAUGGAUGCUUAUGGUGCCAUCUAUGUUCUAUAUGGCCUUUUUUUUUAACAUAGGAUUUGUUGGGUUUAGUUCUGCAUAA